AUGGCGAGAUUAAACGAACCACCCGCAUCAACAGAUAGCCUAGAAACGCUUCGGCGCAAAUUUCUACGGCAGAACCGCGAUAUCGCCCGAGUGAAUUCCAAUCAAUCGCUCAAGAUCCGUAGUCUCGAGAACGAAUGCGCGCGACUCCUUUCGGAGAACCUCGACCUUCGAGGCCAGAUUCUGCGCCUAGAGAAGGAAGCUGAAGACAGCUCGGCGCAACGAAUUGCCGACCAUGCUCUCGAGAUCAAGGCCAAGAUGGAAGCCCAGCUUCUUGAAUGGGGGUCUUUGCUUGCCAAUCUUGGCUUGGAGCCGCCCGCGAAAAGGCACUCCCCGAUGGGACGCAGGAUCGCGAAAUCGAAGUCCAGCAUAAACCGAAGUCCGGCGCAACGGCGCCCAAGAGAAUCAGUCAAAGAUGAGGAGGCCCUGGCUAUGCAGGAAGGCCGUUUACCUCCCAUCUACGAGAACAAGUCGUACCCGAGGCAGACCCUGAAUCGCGACGAAAUCCUAGCUCUCUGCGAGGAUGCCGAGAGCUCUGCAACUCAAUCGCCGGACCUUGGGCCGCCCCCAGUAUCACGAUAUGUCGAAGACGAGCCAGUGAAAGUGGACUCUCCUCCACGACCGGAACCUCCUGCAGAUUCACCUGCCAAGGCGGAGGAAACAGUCACCGCAGCGUCACCGGCGCACAUUGCUCCAGUCAAGCUCGACUACCAGCGCAAGACGACCGCCGACCUCGAUGUAGUUUCAUCGCCUUCGAAGAAGCCAAGCCAGGUUGUGUCAGAGAAGAAUGAAGGACUGCGGACUGGUUCUAAGAGAAAGUUCGCCGUCAACGAUGAGAACGACAGCUCACGGACAUCCAAGACCGCGGCAUUGAAGUCAAGGUUGAAUCAGUUGGGUAACGAGAACCAGAUUGCGUCGCAGAUCAAGAGCCAGAGGAAGAUCAAGGAGUUGCCAUCAACCAGGAGAGAUACGCGCGACACAUCUACAUCAGCUCCAAUGCGAAGGCCCUUGGCUGUGAAGAGCACGAAUCAGGAUGUGUCAUCGCCUCGGAAACCGACUAUUAAGGCCGUUAUACCGGAUGAGGCUACGAAACAACCUAGGAGCGCGAUGGCCAGGGAGAAGCCUCGCGAAAAGAUGUCAGUAGUCAUCGAUGCGACGAAACUGCCGCAACCGCCGCAACCCAAAUCUGUGGACAUUCACACAGAUUUGGAGCCCAUCACGCCUUUCACCGAAGCGAACCGUUUGGCUCCGGAUACUCCUGACCGGUCGCAGGGCAAGGGCGGAUCGCACGACACCCCUCCGCCAGUAGAUAUCUCUUCCAACGGAGAAACCUCACGACCUAGUAGGCGUUCUAGGGCCUCUGUCAGCUAUGCGGAACCAAACCUAAGGGACAAGAUGCGACGACCGACAAAGGAACUCUAUGACGCCGUUGCUGGAGAAGGUCGAUACCUUCAGCGGCACAAGUCAGAAGACCCACCUUUGGAGCCCUCCUCGUCGGUGAAGGUCAAAUUGGAGCCCGAGUCCGCAGAGUCGUGGACAAAGCUCCCACCCGCAGUAUCGAUGGCAAAGGAGGAGCAACGUCGGGAGAGCGUCACUAGUCCUCUGGCGAAGAAAGACCCGUCAAAUACUGGUAUUACGGCAACCACAACAGGAGAUCGCCGAAAGCGGACAUCGGCCAUGGGCUUCAAAGAGGCGGCGGCCAGUCAGGCUCUGUCCAAGGUCCACGCACGCGCAGAUCAGGAGGCGGUGAUCACCGCGACGGAAGCCCAUGAUGAGACGGACCCCUAUGAAUUUACAACGUCCUCACCAGUGGUUGAAGCAAAGGACAUCGUCACGGCAAAGGACAAGUCCGUCGCCGCUCGACCGUCCAGGUCGUCCCGGAGAUCGUCGAUGGCGCUGCGGGACGAGGGCUCAUUCGCCGAGAAAGCAACGACCGCACAGCCAGCAAAGUCUGCGAGCUCCAGGAAGCGCGCAUCUCUGGCAGUGCCGAAAAAGCUGUCGAUGUUGGACGGGGAUGACGAGGCCGACUCGUCUUACGAAGAGCCCAGGCGCUCUGCCAGAGACGGGGGCAGUAAUGUGCCGAUGGACAGGAUAUCCAGGAGGAGAAGCAUGAUGUUAUGA